UCUCCAUCUUCUCUAUGCAUAUCUCAGCAUUAAUCUGCAACACGUUAUUUUGUUGAUGACAUGUUAUACGCAGUACUUCUAUAUUGCUGUGAAAAAAGUCGUUGGAUGUCAUUGCAGAGGCGAAGAGUUUUCUAUGGCGUUUCAGAAUCAAUUUUCAUCAGAAAUGGAGAGUUCGCAACAUUUCUCAGAGCAGCACCUAUACGACAGUCCGUCUCUCUUGCGGAGUAUACUUCCUGAACAGCUAUCAACGCAGUCGACGCGGACCGGAAUUCAGCCGGAAAACCACCAUCACCAGCAACAGGCGCCGCCACCGACGUGGCUCGACAGCGUAGUCUAUCGGCAACAGGACCAGUUCGUCGGCGUCGGCGAUGGAUCGGGAGCCAUAGCAGAAGCGAAUUUCCUCAAUAUGCAAAGCAACUCGGAGUCAUCUUCCGCUGCGGCGGAGGCGCGCCUCGAGCCAGUGGCUUUCGAGAGCAAUUGCACAUGGAAGCGUUAGGGACGACGAAGUCUCGGAGUCCAGAAAUUCAAUUACAGCCGCCGGGAUUAUGCACGGGCCGCCGAGUAAUUGCAACGCAGUCGGCGACGGCGAGGACUAUAGAAACACAGGUUGUCGCCGCGGAGGAGGAAGUGCUGAGGUGGCCGAGGGCGGAGUCGGCGGCGGCGGCGGCUCAGGAAAGGAGAAAUCGGAAAUUGAAAGGUACAAAGCCGAUAUAUCAGGACAUCCGUUAUACGAGCAACUGCUAGCAACCCAUGUGGCGUGCUUGCGAAUUGCGACGCCGGUGGAUCAACUCCCGAGGAUCGACUCUCAGCUUGCGCAAACUCAUGAAGUCAUCGUCCAGAAAUACUCUGCCCAGAUUGGAAAUGGAAAUCUCAAUGGCGACAGAGAGCUCGAUCAAUUCAUGGAGUGUCUCCCGGAGAAGGAACAGGGGCAACAAUGCCUGAUGGUGAUGAAGGCCAAGUGGAUGGCAAUCCCAACUUGUAUGAUGGUACGCACGGGAUUGGGUUUGGCCCUCUUGUCCCUACGGAGAAUGAAAGGUCUUUGAUGGAGUGUGUAAGGCAUGAACUGAAAUAUGAACUCAAAGAGGGUUAUAAGGAGAAGAUUGUAGACAUUCGGGAAGAAAUUCUUCGCAAGAGAAGGGCGGGAAAACUCCCUGGUGAUACCACGUCUGUUUUGAAAUCAUGGUGGCAAUCACACGCCAAGUGGCCAUAUCCAACAGAGGAGGACAAAGCUCAAUUAGUGGAGGAAACGGGGUUACACCUAAAGCAGAUAAAUAACUGGUUCAUCAACCAGCGAAAGAGGAAUUGGAACAACCACCCCUCCUCUUCCACAACUUUGAAGAGCAAACGCAAAAAGUAGAACAUAAAACACGAAUCAAGUUGGAGUCUUUGGCAAUUAUUUGAGUAAAUAUUAUACCACUUAUAGAGUAAACUAGCGUUUGCUCGCGCAAGGCGCGAGAAUGUUUGUCCAAUAUUAAUGCAAAAUUUGUAAAAUCCG